UAAAAGCGACACAAGAGUGCUGAGUUAGCCUUAGCCUCUUCCCUGAAUCCUCCUCUGCCUCCGUGCAAAGAUUUCAAGACUCAUCAAACAGCUGGGGCAACCUGAGACACACUCGCUCAUCCAACAAAACCUCAUGGCCAACGUGGAAAUCCUCGUUCUACUUGUUGCAGCGGCAUUAUUAAUGCCAUUGCGACACACCACAGAAGCUGCAGAGCAUGUUGUGGGUGGUUCUGCCGGUUGGAUUAUUCCUUCCCAAGGAGACACCUCCUUAUAUACCUCCUUUGCAGCUAAUAACACUUUCAGACUAAACGACAUACUCGUGUUCAACUUCGCAACAGGAUUUCACAACGUAGUCACCCUGUCAAAGAAACACUACGACAGUUGCAACGUGAGUGAAGUAAUGCAAUCAUUCGACACAGCGCCGGCGAGAAUCACUCUGAACCGCACGGGCGAGUUCUAUUUCGCAUGCGCGUUCUCGAGUCACUGCUCCCUCGGCCAAAAGCUGAGUAUUCAUGUGACUGCAGGGUCGUCUUCCCUUGCUCCAUUAUCCCCACCUCCACCUGCGUCACGUGCAGCCAUGCCCCUUGUUGCUGUCACAAUCCCUGUUCUUUUCAUUGCAGUUGCCACAAAUGUCUUGUUCUAGAAUUAUGUAUGUGGUCUCGGUCUAUUUUGGGACUUGGUUAUUUACUUGUAUUUGUUGGAUCAAGGGUUAUGUUGUUUGAAUAAGUUAUUAUUAUUAUUAUUUAUUUUCCAGCUGCACUGGAUUUGUGUUUUUGUGUUGUAUUAUGUAUGAGAAUUGUAGAUGAAUAAAAAAAAAUUUGAAUUAUUCUGGAUA